AUGUAUAAUCUCCGUUUGCUGCGGCAAAUCCUGCCCAGCGCCGGUCACGCCCACCCCGCCCACCUCCGCCCCCGGUGGCUGGCCAGCCAGCACAAGCGGCGCCCCCAGCCGGGCAGCCUGCCGCCCGAUCGGCUGGAGCAGCUGCGCAGCGAUCUUCUCGAGCGGCGCCAGGAGCUCAGCGGCGAGGAGUGGACGGAGGUGCGCCAGUCGCUGGUGGACACGUACAAGCACAUCAACGGGCGCAACGUGGACGCCGUCAUCCUGGGCGUCUGCAGUGGUCCCCAGCAGCUGCCGCUGGCCAAGAACUAUGUGGAGUUCCUGAGGAGCAGCGGUUCCCGGCCGAAUGCAGCCACCCUGGGUCGCCUGCUGAGGGUCUACAAUGCGGCCUACCACGCGCGACCCCUCAGCCGGGAGGAGCAGGCCGAGAUCCUGCUGAUCUGUCGGGAUCUGCAGGCGGAGCACGAAACUCUGGACGCCACCAGCUGCGAGCACAUCAUCCACGGCCUGGUGGCCAUGGAUAGCAGCGAUUGGCGGAGGGCACUGCCCCUGCUCGAGAUGAUGAAGGUCACCACCAGUGCGCCCAGCGUUGCCGCCUACUCGGCGCUGGCGGAGAAGGCCUUCAGUGUGGAGCAGCAGGAGCAGGAGGAUCUGGAGCUGGCCUGGCGCCUGCUGGAGGAGAUGGCCCUGGCCCGCAAGCUGCCCAAGUGCGAGGUCUACCUGGCACUCCUCAGCCGCCUGGAUAGGCUACCUGCCCAGCUCAAGCUUCUCCUCGAAUUCCUCGAGCGCCACGAGAUCCUGGUGAGCCAGCGGGUGGCGGAGCGCUUCAAGGAGCUGGCCCAGCAGGUGCCGCAUCUCCUCGAGGCCAGGGCCACCAGCCUGGGGCCGCUGGGCAGGUGCCAGGCAUGCCAGCAGCACCUCCAGCCGGUGGCCAUCGGCGAUGAGCAGUUCCGGGCACUAAGAGAUUGCUUCCUGGAGCGCGUGCUCAUCCGGCGCGACGUCUUCCAGCGAUCCACGCCCGCCGAGGUGGCCAGGUUCAAGCAGUACGUGGAGCGGACGGCGCCCUACGACUGUGUGAUCGAUGGCCUCAACGUGGCCUACUCCACGGGCACCAAGAAGUCGCCGCAGCAGCUAGCCAAGCUGGUGGCCACCGUGGUGCGGCACUUCCGGGAUCGGGACAAGCGCGUCCUGGUCCUGGGACGCGAGCACAUGCGCCAGUGGUCCAAGCAGGCCAUGCACUACGUCCAGAGCAACGCCAGCCUCUUCCUCACCAGCAAUCUAUCGCACGACGAUCCCUUCCUGCUCUACGCCACCCUUCGCAGCGGCCAGGAGACGGAUUUCUUCUCCCGCGACCUCAUGCGCAGCCAUGCCUUCCAUUUGGGACCCGAGCUGAAGCCCAUCUUCCGCCGCUGGCAGCAGGAGCACCAGUUCUCGCUGGUCACCCAAACGCAGACGGGCCGGAUAAUCGUGAAGGAGCCCAUCCGCCACCGGCUGAGUGCCCACCAGGUGGGAGGCACCUGGCAUGUGCCCUACUGCGAAGCGUACACCCAGCAUCCCACGGACAGCUUCGAGGUGCCCGCCAACUGGCUGUGCCUCCGGCUGAAGGAAAACACUCUUAGGGAUAAGCAAUGAUAGCCAAAUAUAUAUAUACUGGAUGAGUCAUCCUAAUCGCAA